AUGGAAGCGAGGAUGAAAAAGUACCGGCAGGUGAGUCCAGAGAGGGCAAAAGUGUGGACUGAGAAGUCACCAAAAUACCAUCAGAGUCUGAAGGUACCAGUUAUUUACUAUCUAUGUCGAAACAGGCAGCUAGAACACCCUCAUUUUAUGGAGGUUCCACUUUCUUCACCAGAUGGUCUAUACUUGAGAGAUGUGAUUGAUAGAUUAAAUGCUUUGAGAGGUAGAGGUAUGGCUUCCUUGUAUUCAUGGUCUUGCAAGAGAAGCUAUAAGAACGGAUUUGUGUGGCAUGAUCUCUGUGAAGAUGAUCUAAUUCUACCAGCCCAUGGAAACGAGUAUGUCCUCAAAGGUUCUGAGCUCUUUGAUGAAUCCAAUUCAGAUCGUUUCAGUCCCAUUGGCAAUGAUAAAAUACUGAGCGUGAAGCUGUUGCCAGGGCCAGCUUCUUCUAGGAGCCAUGAUGAAUCUUCCUCCUCUUCUAGCAUGAAUGGGAAAGAGACAAGACACUCGCAAGAUGACGAGCUUUCUCAAGAACCUCACACUGGUUCCUCCGAUGUUUCUCCAGAGUCUAGAGCUGGAAAGAGCGGUUCUCCAAGCUUGGCAUUGACAGAGUACAAAAUUUAUAAGACUGAUGGAUUGGCAGAUGCUUCAACUCAGACAGAAGAAAAUGUUAACAAAACCAAAACACAGAAAACUUGUACAAGGGGUGUAUCCACAGAGGAUGGGUCAGUAGAACCCGAAUGCCAUGAAAUAUGUCAAACCCAAGUUCCACAAGUGAAAGAUAAUCCAGCAGCAAUCUGUAGGGAUACCGUUUCUCCCCCUCCCUCAACUUCGAGUCCCUCAUCUCUUGGGGGGAAAGCUGAAACUUUGGAAUCUCUGAUUAGAGCUGAUGCUAGUAAAGUGAACAGUUUCAGGAUUCUGGAAGAGGAGGCCAUUCAGGUUCCAACCAACACAAGGCUGAAGGCCUCAAAUUUGCUGAUGCAACUGAUCUCAUGUGGCUCAAUAUCAGUGAAAAACCACAGCUUUGGCCUUAUUCCUUCUUAUAAGCCUAGGUUUUCCCAUUCAAAAUUCCCUUCCCCGCUGUUCUCAACUUCUUUUGUGUUGGGAGAAUUUGAUUGCUUAGCAGAGAAUCCAAAGCUGAUGAGUCUCAGAUUGGAAGACAAAGAAUAUUUCAGUGGGAGCUUAGUCGAGACUAAACUGAAAGAAGGAGAUGGACAUAAUGUUCUGAAACGGUCUUCUUCCUACAGUGAUGAGAGGAUAUAUAAAGAGCAGAAACCACAAGAAGACAAAGAGGAAUCAUCCUCAGGACAUUCAAAAUGCAUUCCACGGUCAAUUAAGGCUUCAUUGACCAAACAGCCUCGAAGUGAAUCCAUGAGAUCCCCAGUUUCUGAUGUACCAAGAAACUCAUCGGAUAGAAUUGAUGGCUCAGGCAUAUCCUCAGUAACAUCAAACGGUAGCAGCAAAAGAAUCACCGAACCAUUAUCAGGGAAAAAGCAAUCGAAGAGGAUAGAUUCAUUUAGAGAAGAGGAGGUGAUCAAAAUUGAAGAAAGGCUUGCUUCAGGAGCUCGGGUUAUAAUCCAAUCUAAACCAUUCUGCGACACUGCAUCUAGCAGCUCUUAAAAUUUCAAUUUUCAGAGUUUUGACAACAGCAAAACAACUGGGUUUUCAGCUUUAGUUUGAAUUCAACAUGAUUAUAUAUAUCUUGGUAGGUCCAUGUGACAUUUCUGUUAGCCCACAAAGUGAAAACAUUUU